AUGGGGCGGCGCACUCUGUCCAUGCAGCGGCGGAAACGUUGCAAGCCAGAGGGGAAGAAGGAGAAGGAAGAGGUGGUGGAAGUCAUGACCGCGACGUCCUCCACGACGACGCGGCACCCACAAAAAGGAAGGACGACACGUAUGACGGAAGAAGAAACGGCCGCGUUGUUUCUUGCCGAUCUGGCGGUCGCCACCACGACGAAUGACGAUGCCAUCGCUGCCCGUGGGACAGAAGGAGGGCUGUCAGAAGCCGUGAAAAAGGGAGACAACCCAUCGGCUACGAGGAUUAAAAGCAAAAAAUCUUCUCCGAUGGCGCCAAAAACCACACGCAGCGGGAAACGUGUCCCUGCCGACACGAGGAAGACCAGCACAGUGAAGCCAUGUGUGUUGGGGUCAAUGGAUCUUUCAGCGGUGCCGCUUGAAGAGGGCGAGGAGGAUCCUUCGAUUUCGGCGGAGGUGCUGCGGCAGACCGCUGUAUUUCUUGCGCGCCUCACACCGGCACGGUCGCAGCAGUUUUGGGCAAUGCGUCAAGUGGCACGUGGAGAAUUGAGCGGUCGUUCGGCUGCGAGAAUGAGAAGGACGGAGUUGACAUCGGAUGAUAAUGUGAGGGAGUGGGAUGAGGACGAUGAGGAGGUUGUUGAGUUUACAUCGAGUGGGGGUGUCUAUGAUAGGAAGGUUUCUAGCGCGGCGGGCAAAGAAGAAAUGUCUUCUUCUUCUUCUUCAGAGGGGGAGGGGGAGGAAGAGUUCGUUUGGUCAACAAUAAAAGGAAAUAAAACACAUGCCGCCGCCAAAUGCAAGAAUAGAGUGGCGAAUAAAAAGAGGCCUCGUGGCGGGGCGCUUUUCAGCAGUAAUCCGGAUCUUUGGGACGACUGA